AUGGCAGGUCCAGAAACUGAUGCCCAAUCCCAAUGCAUUGGUAUCAGAAAAUAUUUCAACUCUUACACUCUCACAGGUAGAAUGAAUUGUGUACUGGCCACAUAUGGAAGCACUGUUUUGCUGAUUUUAUACUUCAAGUUAAGAUCUAAAAAAAAAAAAAAAAUCCAGCUGUGA